CUUCAGAGUGGACGAGUCUGAAGAUCAUCCAUUAUUAGCCAGGCAGAAAUGUCACCCAUGUACAAAUCUUAUAAGAUACCCUGGCGGUCUGCCCUGUCAACAAGCCCAUCGUCCUGCUCGCACGGCCGGCCGCAGCUUCAUUCAUCGCAGCAAAGCUUCAACAAGAGGAGCUUUUCGCCAUUUGCCUCAAGUUACAGUGCUACACACACACACAGCUUCACGGCCCAGACGACCACUUUUCCCCGGCCGUCGCGUAUAUCUGGCCCGGUCCCCCUCUGGCCCUGCUCUCAAGGAGCUUCGGCGCGCUUGAUCACCAAUCGGACGACCAGGCACUCCCUCCUGGCCAAGAUCCCCUGGCCACCGCAGUCCGACAAACAUCAACGGCUCUCGUGUCUUCCGUCAGCCUUUCUUACCCCCCCCCUUUCCCUUAUCUUACACGGCGCACCAGCUCUUACCAAAUCCCGAAUAAAUUCGCCGCGCCCCCCUCCCCGGCACUUUCAUAUCCAUCACGUCCACCAUGGAGCACACGCCGCCCCCUUCUCUCACCAGGUCGCCAGCGUCCCCCGCAAACACCUACUGCCCUUCGGAGGGGUCGUCCCUUGACUACCCGUCCCCGGGCCUGGUUGAGCAACAGUACAAGCUCUCGUCGAUGUAUGGAGACCAGUCCUGCGUGACCCCGUCCAUGAACCCGGAGAUGUCUCUUCCCCCCCUCGAUUCGAUGGGCCACCCGGAUUGGAACAACACGACCGUCAUCCACCCCGGGUCAUCUGCGUCCGGCAUGCCCAGCAUCUUGUCGGCGGAUUACGAGACGUUCGGGAGCUUCCCAUACAGCCACGAUGGCUAUCACCCUCACUCGCUUAGCCACCCGCCCUCGAUCCACGCCGCGACGCCGCCACCCACUGCUUCUGCCCCCAGGUCCCCUGCCGCGCCGUUGAGGACGCCGUACACGCCCGCUACCUCGGUGCCCGGGCCCAUGACCCCACGGGUCAAGCUGGAGGGGACUUCGGACUACAGCCACAGUACCGAGGCGUCGCACUACCCUUCGCCGCGGUCGGUCCAAACUUCGUACCAGUCUGACAGCGGGCCGUACGCGGCGAGCACCUCGACCGGUUACCUCUCGGAUAGCGGGUCGACGACAUGGCACAAGCCCGAGUACCAGCCGGUCGAGCCCGAUCACUUCUACCCCGGGCCGCCGCCUCCGCAGCCACCCGCCUUCCUACAUGACGCCAGGAGACAGUACCGGGUGACCCGGCCGCGGCGGACGCCGCGCCGCCUGACGACCAAGGAGGAGGCCAACUUCCAGUGCGAGGUCAAGGGCUGCGGCAAGCUCUUCAGUCGCAGUUACAACUUCAAGGCGCACAUGGAGACGCACGACGAGAAGCGCGAAUACCCGUUCCCGUGCCAGGUGCCCGAGUGCAACAAGAAGUUCGUGCGCAAGACGGACCUCCAGCGCCACCACCAGAGCGUGCAUCUGAGGGAGCGCACGCACAAGUGCGACUACUGCGGCCGCAUGUUUGCGCGCAAGGAUACUCUGAGGAGGCACAUGGAAGACGGCUGCUCCAAGAGAUUCGACAUCGGCACCCUCGACCUUCGCGCCGACGCCUUCGACAGCCUGCACCCCAGCACCCGCACAAUGGCCCCACUGGGGCCCCUGUUGCCGUCGUCGGGUGGCCUACCGCCCAUGGCCACCCCGCCGCUCUGCAGCUCCAGCGUCUUCCCCUCUUUGCCCCCGACAAUGCGACCCCGGGAGCCCCUCGCCGCAGGCGACCACUCGCAAGGCCACAGCUGGGGAAGAUGAUGCGACCCAGUGACGGGUGCAACAAAGCAGGAGCUUUUCUUUCUUUUCUUUCUUUUUUUUUUCUUUCUUUCUUUUCUGUGGACAUAUUUCAUACUCUCUGGGUAGAUACCAAGCAGGCGUCGAGGACAGGACUGGUGCGCUUAAGGGCUGGGAUA